AUGAAAUACUCAGGCCUUCAGAAAGAAGUGCUAUCUUUGUACCGUAAAUGUCUGCGGAAAAGUAUGAAAUUAGAUAAGAAUGUUAGGUCCCAAGUGAAAUCUUAUGCAAGGUCCGAAUUUGAAAGGAGUAUAAAGUUAGACAAAAAAGAUUUUGCAACAAUAGAAUAUCUCUUGCGAAAAGGGCAGAGACGCCUGGAUACUUUUUCAGCUUCGGGCACCAAGAUAGUUUAUAUAUAA